UUUAGAACAUAAUGUUAUGAGUUUGAAAACUGAAAAAGAAUCAAAAGAGGAGUUUCAACAAAUCACCUCUGUGAUGGGAAGUUUGACAGUUGUGAUUCUUCAAGCCAGAUGGAAUCCCUAGCAGAUCCAAAGACAUAUAGGGAUGAUUAUUCUGGAAAACAGCUUCCCGGACAUGAUACUAUAACACAAAAAUCUCUCUUUUCAAAGUCAAAAAAUUACAAAUCCCUGAAUCCGAGUAUAGUGUAUAGUGAGGUUAAUAUGUUUGAUAAAACAUUAUCGAGGGUAAAUAACCAAAAAAGACAUAAUGUUUCCCAUAGUGAAGUUAAAUCAUCAACUGGCGAAGAAUUGGAAAGAAAUCAUCAUCUAGAAUUAAAUGUGAGUUCACACUCUAUGAAGAAACAACACAGAUGUGUAGUGUGUGGAAAACAGUUUGUAGCAAAUAGUUAUUUAAAAAUACAUCUGAGGACACACACUGGGGAGAAACCGUACAGGUGUGUAGUGUGUGAUAAACAAUUUGUCACAAAUAGUAAUUUAAAAAUACAUCUGAGAACACACACUGGAAAGAAAUCAUACACUUGUAUAAGUUGUGAUAAAAAAUUUAUGAGUAAAAGUUAUCUUAACAGCCAUGUGAGAACACACACUGGAGAGAAACCAUAUAGUUGUUUAGUGUGUAACAAGCAAUUUGGAAACAAUGGUCUGUUAAAACAACAUGAGAGAGUACAUGCUGGGGAGAAACCUCAUAGUUGUGUAGUGUGUGGCAAACAAUUUGUAACAAAUAGGGAUUUAAAAAUACACCUGAGAAUACACACCGGGGAGAAACCGUACAAGUGUGUAAUGUGUGACAAACAAUUUGUCACAAAUAGUAAUUUAAAAACACAUCUGAGGACACACACUGGAGAGAAACCGCACACUUGCAUAGCGUGUGAUAAAAAAUUUAGAAGUAAAAGUCAUCUUAACAGACAUGAGAAGAUACACACUGGUGAAAAACCAUACAAUUGUGUAGUGUGUGAAAGGAAGUUUGUAACAAAUAGCUACCUACAAGACCAUAUGAGGAUACACACUGGAGAAAAACCAUUCAGUUGUGAAGUGUGUAACAAAAGAUUUCGAAGCAAUAGUCUAAUGAAAAAACACGAGAAAGUACACACUGGAGAGAAACCUUACAGUUGUACAGUAUGUGGAAGAAAAUUUACAAAAAAUUAUAAUCUUAAAAUGCAUCAGAAGAUACAUGCUGUAUAGAAACGAAUAUGUUAAUCAGGGCAAAGAAUGUAAAGGGGAAGACACUUUCGAGCUCAUCAAAUGAUACACACUGGAAACAUAUCCUAAACUGUGUUAUAUAAUACAAGGACUUGACAUUAAACCAGUAGAUACAGGUAGAUUAGAAAUUGUAAAGUUGUACUAUGUAUGGUAAGUUUAAUUUCUUAAGAAAUACUACAGUUAUUCAUAAUGUAGAUGAACAGAACUUAAUGUAACGAAGAAUAUUUUACUGAAAAAUACUUAAAGUGCAUCAGUGGGUCAACAAUGAGAAGUAAUACAAGUUUGUAUUGUGGAGAAUAAAGUGGAGACUUUGUGGAUAGAA